AUGGUCUUUUUGGUAUUAGAGGUUUUCGUAGUAACUUUGGUGGCCUGUGCCCUAAGCUUUCCAAGGAAUAACCAGUUUGGUAAGUAAAAACGUUACUUUAUCAGGUCACAUCAGAUCUUAACCUGCGAUCAGGCGUAUUUUUUUGUGGGAGAGAACAAGUAGGCGAACAGCGAGGAGAAAAAAGAACAUGGGAGGGACGCCUGAUCGCAGGUUAGUCACAUCUAGAUUUUUAAUUUGUCUUUCAAAUAGCUAACGUUUGAUAUACUGAUUACAUGUACCUCAGUCGCUCUCUGUCAGGUCUGAUCUGGUUCUCUGUAACCUGAAUGCAGGAUUAAUUAGUAAUACUCAGUCAGACGGUUUUCAGUACGGUAUAAUCCCGGAACAAAAAACAGCAACCCUUAAACUGUAUCAAGAUAUUACCCUGUUUGAGUGCAAUGCCUCGUUCUUUUUUUUUAAAAAAAACACUUUUCGAAUGCACCGUAACAAUUUUAACAUUUCGCUGAAAUGUUAAUUUUCUGUUGAGAAAUAAUUAAAUUCUUUUACCGCUUCUAGUUCGUCAGAGCAUUGGUGAAGAUUUUCGUUGAGAAUCGUUUCUUUAAAAAAACCCUUAAUCCGAAAAUGGAAGAGUUCAGAUUCAAACUAAAUAUUUGAGAUAAAGUUGAGUGAACUAAGGAUUAAAAAAUGGUAAAAGUAAUUUAUCAGCAAAAAACACAAGCGCUGCGUGCCUACAGUGUUAACGAGAAAUUUCUAACUGUACGAGGCGUGUAGCCGAUUUAGCUCGAGGAGAUAGUGGAAAAUAAUCUUGCAUCACAGUAAUGACAAACAUACAAUGAGAUGAAAUUGGAAUUUCAGUCUUUGUGUCGUCAGCGUGGCUUUUUCCACUAAGUCCGUACGUUUAUCACGCAAAAUUUAAGCGAAAAGUUAACAAAAAAUUAAAAGAAAGAAAUUAAUAUCAUGAAAUGACAAAGGGUGCAAACGAAUACAAUCCCGUCCAUGAUUACAUUUAAUUGAUGCUUGGAGUUAGAAGAUUCAAAGAUUUAUUUUGUUAACAGAACAUGUGCAUGACAAAAAUGAUCCUGUGGGCCUUAUUCAAGAAGAUCCUGAAUUACUUGUGAGGCCAAAACUGAAUGACGGUAAGCAAAAAUCGUUUUUGCAUAUGGGCAUGCGCACUACAGAAGAAGUAACCUCCGGGGUAAUCCGAUAUAUAGACUAGAUGGGUAUGUGCCGCCCAGUACGGUAUGGUUUUGGAGGUCUCCAUCCUUCUUUAGGCUAUCAUUUUUGCCCUUCUUGGCAUUGUGUUCCCGGUGUGAUCCUUAUAGAUAGGGUACCUAAACUGUAUCAGCUAAAAUUGUUAAGAGUCAGGGUCUUUAUAUGAUUGAGUAGAAAUUCUUUCCUUUGGAGACAUCAGCAAAUUGUUUGACUUCUUUUCUAGUCUUCUGGAAUAAAACGAAAAAUCAUGGUCCCGUCUCACGGUACUUACAGUUAACCUGAAUCUGAAUUACCGGGCGUAAAGAAACUAAUGGGAACGUACUGAACUUUGGCAGUGAUCUGCACCCCUGGUGUCAAACUCAGUUCACAUUCACAUUCACAUUAGGGGGCGUGCAUAACACAUCACUUCAUGGUGGGACCUGAAAAGCGGCCUACAAGCAGUCUGGAGAGUCCAUCGCACGGUGCCUAGAGAAGAGUGGUUGAAAAGAUUUGGAUUUGUACUUGUAACGCGAUGCUAUGUAGUCAGUCCACAACAUGACAACGCAAUGCCUUGAAGUGAAGAAAUCAUCUAAUUUUUAGUGAUCUACUAUUUUGAGGCAUGAGAGAGCUCAAGCGUGUCUGGCCGGCAUAGCACAGCCGAAAGUCUUAAAACCCUUAUAUAUCCCAUGUUUUCCUUUUCUCAAUUUUGCUUUAGAAGUGAGCCAUGCAAUCUCCAUGGUAACCGACGAAGAUCCACCAGACGAAGUUUAUCCAGUGGAGGCCGAGAAUAAGGUACAGGACCCUCACCAAGACGAUCUAAAAGAGGUUUAUCCGCUAACAAAUGCUGAACAAGGUGAGGCUAAAAGACAUUAAAUAAUGCUAUUGCAUUCAAAAUAACUUGCAGAAUAGUGCCUUAUUCGUUGGUUUUCCCAAGGUUUAGCGGGGAGCACGAACUUGAAAGGCGGGUGCUAAAAUAUCCCAAAAAUAAGCGAUCGCUGGCGACUAAGGACAAGGCGGGGCAGCGGUAUGUACAGCAAGUGUGAUGCAUUUCUUUUAAGCUGAUCCAAAGGUCACAAGCAGCCUGGCAGAGUCCGCCACAAAAUGCUUAGACGGGAGUGGUUAUUACGACUUGGAUGUGUAAUGCGCUGCCUUGAAUAUAACAACGCAUUGUAGUGCAAUACUAAACUAUUUAACGUAAGGCAAUGCAAUGAAAUGAAGGAACAGAAACGUUUUCGUGAACUACGAGAGGAUUUGAGGUACAUACAAGGCUUGAGCGUUAUCCAUGUUAACCUUGUGACUGUAGUUAUUUUCUUUCAAAUUUUACAUCAGAAUUUGAAAGUACAUUCCCCUCACUACCUGACGAAGAUCCACCUGGCGAAGAGUAUCCAGUAGAUACAGAGACUAAAGUAGAAGACCCUCACCAAGAAGAUCCGAAAGAAGUGUAUCCUCUGGUAUCUUCUAAAGGAGGUGAGGGUUUCAGAAACUGUACAGUGUUGUCAGUAUAUGACCAUUUGAGGCAGUAUAGAAAGAUUGAGCUAGAUGCUUGUACUAGUCAUAUAACUUUCCUCAUUGUGUACUCUGUUAAGCUCACGUUUAAAAAUGGCGUCUGACAGCGUGAAAUGGAGUAACUAUGUACACAGUCACAUAUCGGGUACUCAUGGUGUGAACACAAUACCAUUUUGUGUCGGUACCCGAGCACUGGCUCCCUGGCACCAAGUGUGGACAGCCCCUUUAAGAUUUUAGUUCUAGGAAAAUGUGAUACAAGACGAAAACACAUGUAUUUUAAACUUCCUUCAAAGCCCAACGAGUAAAAAGAGGAGCGAAUGAAGAUGAUAAAUGGCCAGCAACAACGGAGGAUGGGCAAACUAUUGUUAGAAUCCCCUACGUAGAAUCAGGUACGACUUCUACUGACUUCUUUCCCUCGCAAUCCUGAAUCAUAGUGAGUUUACGCAACAGGACAGGAGAAAGAAGAGGGCGGCAAAACGCUUGUGUGUGACAAACGUGACAGGCCAAAUUCUUACUUCUUUUGUGGUGAUCUUCACUUAAGUUAAUGUUUUCUGACCUGUUUAAAAAAGGGUGAAGUUCGGCGAAAACGUUUUUCAAACAAAAUUAUUGUCACGCUUGUCACACAAGGUUUGCCGUCUUCUUUCCUCUCCCAUCCUGUUGCGUACCACACAACUGUACUUGUAACGGUGCAGGACUGAUUUGAUGCCAAACUUCCUAUUGAAGGAAAAAUCGUAGGGAAAAUUGAUGUCACGCCUCGUACCUAGAAAAGUAGGAUGAGGUGUAAAACUGACCUUCAAUAAGCAUUCGAAAGUAAGCUAACUGAGACGAAAUUGUAGCAAUCCAAAUGGUCCAUUGAUAUAAAAAAACUCAACCUACGUAGCGGUCGUCAUGGUAAGGUCCAGUACGGUGACCAAGGGCCCGGUUUCUCGAAAGGCCUGGAAACUUUUAGGGCCCGAAGGCAAAUUUUAAUAUCAAAACCUUUUGAACAGUAGCACAGUUAAGAAAUUUCAAUAUUUGGCAUACAGAAUAUUGAAAUUUGACUACUGUCUGUUAAAUCAACAUAGAGUUAUUCAAAACAUACCCACUAACGACGUUAGUCACGAGUAUCAGUGCCCAAAGUUUACUGUUAUCACAGUGAAAGAGUGAAAGACUUUUCUCCGCGCACAAUUAAUUAUUAGAGCGGACUGUCAACAUGCAAAAUUUGGAAAAAAUCUUUCAGUCGCUUAAACGACUGGUAAUUCUACCGCAGAUAAAGCCGAGUACUAAAAACGAACAACAAGAAAACAGUAGUGGGGAAAAUAAACAAGGUAAAUCCUUAAGAUAUUAGCGCUUGACUUUAUAUUUCGGACGCCAAAAGAACGUCAUGUAUUUGCGGUAAAGGCGUUAUAGUAAGCGCUACAGACAUGGUAAAACGAUUAAUUCUCCUACAAGAAAAAUUUACUAUUAUUAAAAAACUUAAAAUCUCUAGAUUAGAGGAAAAAAAAAUGAGCUGAAAAGCGUGUAAAGUCUUUUAGUUAUGGCCAUUCAAAGAGUACAAGACUUUUGCGCGCGGCCAAUUAUUAAGCGCGUAUUGACAUGCAAAAUUUUUGAAAAACUUUUUGGGACGCUUAAGCGCAUAUGUCAUUCUACUGAAGUUGAAACGUAAACUAGAAACAUUAAAGGGCAAGAAAAAAAGAGUUUGCAAAAUAAAGGGAGUAAAUCUUUAAAGAUAUUACCGUUCGAGUUUAUAUGUCGGCCGCAAAUUGCACAUUUUUUACUUCACUGAUUAGCGAUCCUCCAAUAUGCGCGGCAAGACAUAGCAAGAGGAACAAUGCUCGUAGAAAGAUAAAUUUACUAUCAUUAAUAAGCUGAAAGUCUCUAGAAUACAGGAAAAAAAAUUAGCUCAAAAGCAUGUGACUCCGCUCUUAGAGUUGUUGCUAGUCAAAGAGUGGAAGACCUUUCCGCGCCGGGACCAAUCAUUGAGCGCGCACUGUUAACAUGCAAAAUUUUUGGAAAUUUUUUUCAGCCGCUAAAGCGCAUAUGUGAUUCUACUGAAAUUGAAACUGAAAACUAGAAACAUAAAAGGGCAAGAAAAAAAUAGUUUGGUCAAUGAAAGGAGAAAGUCUUUGAAAAUAUUAGCGCUCGAGUUUAAAUGUUGGCCGCAAAAAGCAGAUUUUUCACUUCGGUAAUUACCGGUCCUCGGACGUUUCAGUAUGCGCGGCAAGACAUAGCAAGAAAAAUAAUUCUCGUAGAAUGAAAAAUUUACGAUUAUAAGUUCCUAGCUCAGAAACCAGUCAAUUCUGCUUUUUCAACUGAUAGUUUUAUUGCCUCGUUUUCAAAAAUUAUUGAAUCUUUGUUUGUAAAUGCAAACACGGCAAACACAAAACAGCUUUUCGGGGCCGAAACGUUACCGAAGUUUCAAGAAACGCCGGGCCCCAGACUGGAAGUAAUUUUUCCCUGCGCGUCAAUGCCUAAAAUAUUUAUAAGAUGCCACGACGGCAACACCGGUCAAAACGCACUCUUUCAAACUUUUUCGCGAUUAUUACACUGAGUCGCUUACUUUGUCAAAUGUACGCGAACUUUUAGUAGAAUCUUAAGUAGGUUAGACCCAGAUAAAAUUCAAUUUUUUUCCCAGGGUUGUUCCAUGCAGUGGCCUAUCUACAGUAUAUGUAUUUUCUUUCCAAACAAACAAACACCAAAUGCUUUAUUUGCAUGACCAUAAAGGAAUUACAGUAUUGCAAAAGCUAUUAGUCUAAAUUUAAGUACUAAUUCAACUAAUUAGUACGUGCAAAACAUUACAAAGCGUUACAGUUCUCAUUCAUUCAUUCAUUAAUAUUAAUUUGGUUCUUAAUUCAAAGCAUUGCGAGAUAAAUGAAACUAAUAGACAGUUAAUGAAAUAAUCCGAAGAAUUCAUAAGAAGAGAUAUUAAAGUAUCGCCACAGAAGAAAGUGAUUUGAAGUCAGGUAUUUUAGUUUCUAGUUUGGAGAACAAUAUGUCUCUGAUCUGAGAAUAGGCCUUACAAUCUAGUAAGAAAUAAAUUUCAUCUUCAAUUUUGUUACUUGUACAAAAGUGACAUAUCCUAUCAUUGCGAGGGAUUUUCUCGUAUCUACCUGUUUCAAUUCUAAGUUGAUGACUACUUAUUCUAAAUCUCACUAAUGCUUUUCUCGAAGGGUUUUUUCUUGUUAAAACUAGGUACUGCGAGGGGCUAUAGUCGUCUUUGAUUGUACAAUAAAAACUAAGUUUUUGUGAUUGUUGAACAGUCUGAUUCCAGUAAGAGACGUAUUUAUUUUUCAUUGACUUUUGAGUCACUCAAUGAAUUACAGGAAACUGUCAUAGUUUAGAUCAUAGUAGUCAACCAUUUUCAUGAGAUUAGAGUAAAACAUGGUUUUUCCGUUAUGAUGAAGAUCAAUUGAGCGAUAACACAAAGAGAUGGUUAAAAACUGUGAUUCAUCAGCUGGACCAAGACACCUGUAUUCGUUUUAAGGAAAAGACCAAUUCAGACAGCCACUGGGUAGAAUUUAAAACAGGAAGUGGGUAAGUUGGAUGUUCAAACUUUACAUCACUUAAUUUAUUUCCCUUGUCAAACACAUUGGGAAAGAUCAAUGAUAAGUACAUUAUCUUGGCGGUGUAGUCCGGCUAAAUGGGAUAUAAAUUAUGUCAUUUCUACUGCUUAUUGCAAUACUGAAAGAGAUUCAUCAUUUCAUGGGGACAGUCCGGCGGCAGUCGGCUGAGGGUGGGCAAUGAUCUUAGAGCCGGGAAUCAUAAGGUGUUCCCUUCAAGUUUAUUGGUCUCUAACAAUUGCGUUUUAUUAUCUGAUGCGUGUUUACUCCAUCUCAUCACCUAACGAGAUACUUGCACAGGCCACAUGCCCACAAGUGUCUUUAUGUGAUAAGAUGUUUACGUAAAGAGGGAUACCAACAACCAGAUGUAGGUUACGUUUUUAGAUCAAUUGUUUUACCGAAACUGACGUAUGGUCUACCUGUAUACCCCUCCACAAUACCGGAAUUAACAACGGUCCAGAAUUUUCUACAGCGCUGCUUUAAACGCAAAUAUAUUUCGUACCAAAUUGACAUAUAUAACGUAUUAGAAGAGGUAGAUCGCUCACUGUUUAAGAUCUCUAGUAUGCCAGGCCACCCCCUGUACCCUUCCGUCCCAAAAACGAAAGAAAGUUCAGCGCGCCUCCGAGUUACUAGCAGUCAACUCCGUAAGGUUAAUACCCAGCGUUUUAAAAAUAGUUUUUUUAAUAGGCUACUUUUCAAAUAUAGAGUAGCUAUUUAAUGUAAUGUGGAUCUUGAAUGUUAAAUUCAAUGCUUCCACAUGGAAUUUUUUGAGCCUUGUAAUUCUUUCUGCUAUUUUUCAUGUAAGUGUUCUUGGUUUUAGUAUGUAUUUUUGCUUAAAAAACAAUAAAGACCUUUUAUUUAUUUUAUUUACAUGAGUUUAAGGCUGGUUUCCAUUAGCUACGGAGUCGGAGUCGUAAGGCCAAGUGGAGUCAAAAGUCAGAAUCGUAAGCGGAGUCCGAGCGCGACGGAAUCAGAGUCAGAAGAAUCAGAACGUUUCCAUUUUCUCCCGACUCCGCUUAUGACUCCGUUGUUUACUCUCUAGUGAAAACCGGAGUCGGAGUCGGAAGCAGUAGCGGAAGGAUAUAUCACAAAGCACGUUCCCAGAAUUUGUGAUUGGCUUAGUUCUUCCGUUUCUUCUUGUUUUAACUCCGACGACCCUGUUUUCACUUGAUCGUUAAGUUCUACGCUUCUGAUUACGACUCCGACGCUAUUGAAUAGCAGUCGAAACAUCAAGAAAAGUUUCACGCCGGCUUUGUUUCUGUAAAUUCGGAGUAACUGCUUUGAUUUUAUCUUUUAGCUGCAGUUCAUACGUUGGGUGCAAACCUAGCAUUAACCCCCAGCCUGUGACCUUGGACUCCAGCGUAUGCUAUUUCCGAAAAACAAUUGCUCAUGAAAUAAUGCACCUGCUUGGUUUUUAUCAUGAACAAACCAGACCCGAUCGAGGUCAAUACAUUAACUACUAUCCGAAUAAUGUCCAAUCAGGUAUGGCCACAAUAGUCAAUGCUAGUUCUUAAGCCUAUUAUGUCGUUUAUAAACAAGCCACAUUGCCUCCCUCACCACUUAUACUGCAAAUAAAAAAAAGAUAAGAGUACUCAAAGCGCCCCCCCCCCCCCCCCCCCCCCCCACUGGGGGCCGGAAUUAAUUACCAGAUAUAACUUCCCCCCUCCUUCACCACCCCCCCAAACAAACCCACCGUGCCGCCGUAUACAGACUCAUACAAGAGGGCAAGGGGGAAAAAAUACCAGUUAGCCCCCCCCCCCCCCCCCCAUUCCCCAUGUAGGGUCAGUUAUUAAUUACCGAUUUAGCAUUCUACAUACUUACCCUCAACCCAUAUGCCAGAGCUUGUAGCCGGCAUUGAACGGAUCUAUACGAGGGGAAAGGGAUUAAAAUUACGAGUUACAGUCCGCAUAUAACAUGUCUUUCAUUAACAACGUAAGUAAAAGAUAAAGCUUUGUGGUGAGGUCUAUUUUAGUGCUUAAUUUUCUAUCAAAAUUUGUUGAUCGGUAGUUGUUGGAAAAGGCAUCUUAACGGCCUCGCGGACCCUGUCUAACCAAGCCUCAUUUUUUCUUUUUUGUUGCGGCAGGAUUGACGAGUCAGUUUGAUAUAAUUUACGAUCAGCAACUCUGGGAUUUUGGGUACGAUAUAUCUUCUGAUAUGCAGUACAACGAGUAUGCGUUUAGCCAAGACGGGACAUCAAAGACUAUGGAUGCCAAAAACGGCCAACCACUGGGAUCCAACUCACACAUGGACGCAAUGGAUGUAGAAAAGGUCAAUAAACUGUAUGGCUGUCCUUAUAUAGACUGUAAGUAUAUACUAUAUCAAAAAAUUACGCUACUUACUGAUUUAACGCGCCCUGAGAGUCCCCUUGAUUAUGUGCUCUGUGAAGCCCAAAUAUAUCAUAGUGGAGCUCCACGCGCGGCGCGAAGGCGGAGCCCCAUAGCUAAGGAAAUGUGGUAAUCUACCCAUCCGAGAAAAUUUGGUAAUCACGUGACCGUACACCCACCGCCCGCCCGACCGUCCGUAUUCACCACAGGCAUACCAAUGUAAAAUAACUCAAUCAACAGGUAUGGCAACCCAAAUGCAACUCAAGGUUUUAUUUGGAAGGAAAUCAAAUGGCCACCCUGACUUUUAGAAAGAAAAAACAACAAAAAAGUCAUGUCUUUUUCGGCGUUAUUUUUUAUGCUUGCACUAACGUGGAUAACAGAGAAAGAGCUAGAGCUAGUUAUUGAAAACAAAGGAGACGAAUUUCGUAGGAAGAAAAACAUGGAAAUUCAAAGCGGCGGUGAGAAAAUGAGAAAUGCUAGCGGCCAACAGGGUAAAAAUGAGCGGCAGUGAAAAAUAAAAGCGAACAUGAACACAGGAAACAAAAUAUUGGGUAAUCACAUACGAUAAUUCCUCCAUACGAAUAACGUGUAACUAGGAAGUUUGACGUUUAAGGUGUACAAAACGGCGUUGUAGUCGUGCAAAACAACGGCAAGGGAAAGACAAAAAAGCGUGCGGCACGUGCAAAUUUGUUUUUUGCUAAUUAGAAGAACUUAGAAAAGUGUACUGCACGUGCAAUUUGCUUUUUUGCUAAUUAGAUCUAUUAGUCUUGAAGCCAUUUUCAUUUUCGUCCCCGUUUAGCAUUACACGAUUUAAUUUUUGUUGUUUACACGUAUUAUUAACCAGAGCUUCGCUUUUAGCCCUGGCUAAAUCUAUAUAUUAGGGUGAACGAUAAGGAGAGAAGGGAAAGUCAAAAACCUCCUUCAUGUUUCUCCAGAUAAAUCCAUGCAAAUUGAUUUCCAAAAGUGUUUUUUUUUGGGUCUGAUAACAUCACCUCAAUUCAUGUCAAUUAACCCUCCAAAACUCAUGUAUAGCCGGAGCAUCUUUUACUGUAUUAGUUGUUUAAAAUGGUAUUUUAUAAUUUGCGUUGCGCCAAAGGAUGGGCUUUCCAGAAUAUCACGCAGAGCAAGAAGUUUGAAAAUUAAUGUCAUUUUUAUCUUUUUUUAUUUUACAUUUUAUGACUGCCCCCCCACCCCCUUUUUUCCUUAAGGCUACCAAAAAGCUCAAAAACAAAUAGCAGAAUCCGUCUCUAAUCUGUUAAUUUCUGCGACAUAUAAUUAUACAGUCGUAGAUCACGAAAUAGUUUUGAAAACCGGAGACAGUCUUGGGGAUGGAACCAAUGCAGAUCCUUUCAUGAAGCUGAUUGGAAGUAAUGGCGAAACCCCCUUUCAGCUCGUAACGUCGGGAGGAAUGCUUUAUGCUGAUGAAAACGAGCAGGGCGCGUGAGUUUUUUUGUUUGUUUGUUUGUAUCGACAUAUAAACGUUUAUAACCCACCAAUUAAUUUUCGCGCGAUUUUAUCUGCUAUUUUGGGUCACGUGGUAGAAAAUCAGAGGGCGAGUAUCAGGCCGUACACCCCACCCGUCCGCGUCGAUAUUUGCCCUACGUUAAUUUCCGCAACAUAUUAAAUAUAGUCGUAGAUCACGCAAUAAUUUUGAAAACCGAGGACAGCUGGCUUGCUGGAACCAAUGGAGACCCUUUCUUGAAGCUGAUUGGAAGUACUGGCGAAACUCCUUUUCAGCUCGUAACGUCGGGAGGAAUGCUUUAUGUUGAUGAAAACGAACGGGGCGCGUGAGUUGUUGCUUUCUUUAUUUUUUUUGCUUGAAUUUUGUCCUUUAAUAAUUUCAGGGGCGUGGUCCCGGGAUUGAGUGGGCUUUUAUAUUCAACCUAUAUCCAUACGUACCACGUGAUUAAGUACGGUAGGUUUUUUUGACAUGAUCAUACGGCGCAAACGACGGCUGACUGCUGAACUCAGUUAGUGACACAGCUUAUUAUACCUGAACUAAUAAUCUAAAGCAUAGCCAAAGCAAGUUUGAGGAAAAAAAUGAAAAGGCAUUCUAGGCACAUUCAGCUGCGCCUUACGCGAGAACGAAUGGUUAAACUAUAGCGAGAAACUUUAACUUAUUUUUAGCGUGAAUAUUUACACAAGCAUGGUUUUCUGUCGUCAUAUAUCCCCAACUCGUAAGUGCUCUUUUUUCAGCGAUGAAACUCACGAACUACCUUUUCCAAAUGUGGGGACGAUUUCAUCUAUUAAGGUGGCCUUAGUGAAUAAAGGAGAGACGCCCUCGGGGACAAGAAAGCGAGGUUUUAUUGCGGACUGGACUAACGGAAAGUGGAUUCCGAAACACGAGAAGAGAUUCUUGUUCUCGACUGAUGGAUGGACUCUUGAAUCUGUAAGUAAACAUAAAAGAUAAAAUGAAGUCUAAAAAAAGAUUUCAGUAAAAAAAACCCACUUGUUCACCUCAAGUUAUGAGGGCAUCACAAAACAGUUAUUUGCCGAAGUGGUAGCCUCCCACGCAGACGUUCUUACGGGUUCGUCACGCAAUCAUUCCUCUCCCACGAGAGGGUAGGAACGCGUGACGAACCCCUAAGAACGUUUGCGUGGGAGGCUACCGAAGUGGAGACACAGAGGUUGUUUGUGAUACUCUUUUUUAGCAACAAUAUACUUUAUUACAAUCUUAUAAAAAGCUGCACAAAAAACUUAAGUAAAAUAUUCAUAAAAAGAAAACGUAAACAUCAGUACAAAAUUCCGGCAAAACCCCUUCGCAAUUCAAAAUUUCAAGAACUCACAUAGAGUUAUAAAAAAAUCAAGUGAAAAGUCCCAGUGGAUGACAUAAACGUCAAUGCACUCAUUCUAAUAAUACGGAAAAGUUUCUAAUCCAUGAGGCGAGAUAUAUAUCUAUUGCUGUUCAUUUUCCGUACCAACUUCCCGAUAAGAAGACGUAACUAAACUGAGAUUAAGAUACUCUUGAGCUCUAAUUAAGAACGCUGCUAAACCCAUGUCUGAUUACCAGCACAUUGUUGAUGAUAGCGGACUUCUUACAGUCCGCCUUUUCUCUUAAAAUCCGUCUAGUUCUUAUCUCAGCCAGCGCGAUUGCAAACCACAACGUUAUGCAGUAACUUUUGCAAAGAAAAAUAAGAGAUUGCCCGAAGUCUAUGUUGAUGAAAAUUCGUCUACUUUUAACAACAAAGCCAAAUGUCUUGGUUUAAGAACCUGCUGGCAGUAAUUUGCAAUUCUAAUACCCAUAGAUGUAACAACCUGUUAAGCCAUCGUCAAACCCAAAAGUACACAAGUUAACUUACACAUCUAACUUUAUAACUUUCCUUUUUCUCACCUUAUCUUGGGUUUAUUUUAAUAACAGGUGACCUUGGAUGGCACAGAGUUCGGGGGGGCGACGCUGUAUGUGGGAGAGGAGGCGACUGUUUAUCCCGCAUGAUCAAAUAACGGUUGAA